AUGUCCGGCCGCCCAAUCAACCGGGCCCUCCCUACAACGUUCUGGCCAAUCAGAGCAAGCCCCGCCUCCCCGCCCGUCUCCCCUUCACCCGCCGUUCCGUCGAGCAGACGGACAGAGCGAGUGGCCAAUGAGACGGCGGUCUCCGUCCCGGCUCGCCCAAUAGAAGCCGGCAAGGGAUCGCGGCUAGCCAGUAGGGCGGUGGGGGUGGGGCGGCGCGGAUCUCGAGUGGGGCGGUUGGGCCUGGCGGCAGAAAUGGCUCAAGAAGAGAUGGAAGUUGAUCUUCAGCCAGUGUCUGGUUACUCUGUAGAGAACCUCGGGAUGCUUCCCACAGAGCCCUCUGGUCCCGCAGCACUGUCGUCCCGUGCUCCAGUGCUUGGUGAAGGAGGAGGCAACGUUACAGUUCUUCCUGCUGAUGAUGCUGUUGUCAUACUAAAUGCUGAUACACAGGAAGCAGCUGCUGAGCCUGACCUGCAGUUGGGUCCCUCCGUGGCUCUCAAUGGACUGCAAAGGCUACAAGGGGCAUCUGAUCCAUAUCAGCCAUUGCCACAGCUCACGCAGCGUCCGCGAGUGAGGAAUGCUCGCAGGCAACGGAGAAUUGGUGGUUCCCAGAGGACAGUCAGUGCCAGGGCAGCAUUGGACAGUUACUUUCAACUCAGCAGGACCCAAGAGCCAGCUACAGGACCAGUCCCACGUCUGGAGCCCUCACAUACUGCAAGGGACAACCAGGAACACAGCUCAGGCGAAACAGUAGUAGUGAGCGGCUCUGACAGCAGCUCUUCUGCUGAGGAGGAGGAAGCGGCGGAGGCUGCAGCGCCGCUGUUGCCAGCAGCCCAGGAGACACCUCCAGCAGGUAGCUCGGGAGUUUCCAGGGAGGUCCAAGUAGAGCCGCCUCAAGCUUUGUCUCAAGCUUCUGCAGAACAUGGAAAUCAAGAAAGUGAAGAGGUCAAAAUCCAGCAGAAGCAGAGAACUCCACUAAAGCAACUGGAACCAUCGGUUCCUGUUGUGCUGCCGGAUGAGGACGAAGGGGACACCUGUUCAAUCUGCUUCGAGCCGUGGACCAAUGCUGGGGACCACCGUCUCUCAACGUUGCGGUGCGGACACCUAUUUGGUUACACCUGCAUUGAAAGGUGGCUCAAGGGACAAGCAGGGAAGUGCCCCCAGUGCAAUAAGAAAGCGAAACGUUCUGACAUUGUGGUCCUGUAUGCUCGCACUUUGACAGCGCUGGAUACCAGUGAACAGGAACGCAUGAAAAGCUCUUUAGAAAAGGAGCAAAUGUUGCGGAGACAGGCAGAGCUGGAAUCUGCACAGAGCCGUCUCCAGCUGCAGGUUUUGACAGACGAAUGCAGCAAACUCCGCAAGCAGGUUCAGGAGCUGAAGGCUCUGGUGGCCCAGCACAAUGUGAGUGCUUCUCAGCAGCCUGGCAGCUCCCGCACCUGCCUCCCAGGCAGCCUGCCCUCCAGCCAAAGCCAGCGCAAGUACCACUUGGAAAAGGCUUUUAUGGUGUCUCAGACUGGGAACUGCAGAGUAAUGGCAUACUGUGACUCGCUGAGUUGUCUCGUGGUAUCACAGCCUUCUCCACAAUCUACAUUUAUUCCUGGUUGUGGAGUUAAGAUGAUGAGUGUGGCCAACCUGAAGAGCAGUCAGUACAUCCCCAUCCAUAGUAAACAGAUUCGGGGCCUGGCCUUUGGCAGUCGAACAGAUGGCUUGCUGCUCUCUGCUGCUCUGGACAACACUCUCAAACUUACCAGCUUGGCAACAAAUACUGUGGUGCAGACAUACAAUGCUGGCCGUCCAGUCUGGAGCUGCUGCUGGUGUCUUGAUGAUACAAACUACAUCUACGCCGGAUUGAUCAAUGGCUCUAUCAUGAUAUAUGAUUUGAGAGACACAAACUCUCAUGUCCAGGAGCUAGUCCCUCAGAAGUCCAGGUGUCCCAUGGUGUCGCUGUCCUAUCUGCCCCGGAUGGCCUCGGCCUCACUGCCUCACGGUGGAAUAUUAGCCGGGACCUUGGAAGGAGCCUGCUUUUGGGAACAGAAAGCUGGCAACUCCUACCAGCCACAUCACCUGCCCCUGGAACCUGGAGGAUGCAUCGAUAUUCAGACAGAGAUCAACACACGGCACUGCCUUGCAACAUACAGGCCCAGUAAAAAUAACCCAUGUGUGCGUUGUGUGCUGAUGGAACUGACUUGCAGCCCACUGACAGAGACCUCUGAGGACGUGGUGUGUUCUUCUAACCCGGUUCAGACUUUCAGUGCUGGGCCGACCUGCAAGUUGCUGACCAAGAAUGCCAUUUUUCAGAGCCCGGAGGAGGACGGCAGCAUCUUUGUGUGUGCUGGUGACGAGGCAUCUAAAUCUGCCCUGCUAUGGGAUGCUGGCAGUGGCUCCUUGCUGCAGAAGCUGCAGGCUGACCUGCCUGUGCUGGAUAUCUGCCCCUUGGAAGUGAACCAAACCCACCUCCUGGCUACUCUGACCGAGAAGAUGGUGAAGAUCUACAAGUGGCAGUGAGAGUGUCCCUGUGCCUGCCACAGAAGUGCUUCCUAAACGUGAUGCUGAUCAACCCUACGCCACCGCUCCGGCCCAGCUCUGCUGUCUUGCACGUGGCCGCUCACAGGCGACAGGAACCCCUGCAGCACCUUUCUGGCAGUAGGCAGGAACUGGGAUGCGCUGCUGCCUGGAGCAAUUCCCUUCUUCCAUCUUCCCUUUUAGGUCUGCCCUUAUUUCUUCUUUGGUCAAAUUUUCUUCAGUCAAACUCCGCAAGCUGCCUCAGCACAGCAGUAAUUCUUGGACUGUCUCCAGUGUGUGUUGCUGCACUUUUUUCCAGUGUGAAUACAGCACAGGGACUUGCAAAUUCCUUCUACGAAUCCACAAAAUAAGAAGAACUUGAAGACCUGAGACUCCCACUGCACUUUUCUGCAGAGUCCUGCUGUGAUUACUGGGUGAUGAAAAGGUGGCAAUAUUGGCAUCUUGCUAGUAUGGCUGAUACUCAGUGUAAAGGCAAGUUCACUGCUUUAGAGAACAUGCUCCGGUGUUCUUUUGAAGGUCUAGGGUCAGUUGGCAGUUACUGCCUGAUGAGGACAAACCCUGUUUUGUAGCCAUGGAGAGCACAGGCUUGGAAAAUCUACAGAGAACCUUUUUCUUUUGUGUUUUUUUUGUUUUUUUUUUUUUUUUCCAUGAGCAUAUACUUUGCACUGUAAUUCCUUAACUCUCUGCCCCCAUUUCCUUCCCCUUCUCUCUUCUCUGCAUCACCCACAAGCAAACUUGGACAGUUUGGUUGUGGAAGAUGAAACUAGAGAAGUACAAGUAAAGAGGAGGAGAUGGUCCUUGUACUGUUGGCUGCUGAAGUCUUUGCUGUCCUCCCUUAAAGACGGCAAUGUACUGAAAUACACAGUACCCUGGAAAUAAAUACUGGCUGCUCUUUUUUAGGUUUUUUUUGUUUUGUUUUUUUUUUGUUUUUUUUUUUUUUGAAGAACUGGUGGAAACUCGGGGAUUUCAUCAGAUUGCUUUCACUGACCUUUUGCCUUCCUUAAAUCACAGUUACCAGUUCACGGGCCGGUCACAGACAGCUUCUGGUUGUAUUUGUGAGCAAGCGUGCCACAGGCUCGCAGCCGUACAGAAAGCUGAGCCCCUCGGGUGGGAUCGCAGCGCCGGAGCUGUGUGCUGGCCAGCUCCAGCCAGCUCUUAGCACCCUGACCACCACAGAUACGCUGAGGGGUGUGAGAAUGUUUAUCUCCAAGUCAGAUCGUGAAAGAGGACUUAGGUUUCAUUGUAUACUUAAUGAAAGCAAACUUGCAAGGAUGUUGGAAGCUGCAAAAUGAGUUUCCUGUGCUGGGAAGGUAUCCCUCGGCACGCCUCUGGCCCUGGCCCUGGUAAGCAGCAUCUCUCCUGUUUGGAUUGAGUGUGCCACCACUUGAACUGCCAGAACAAUUUUAUUUUCUGAAGUCUGGGGCUUGCACAGCACGAUCCUGUUUGUCUUUCUUCUUAAGCAGAGAUCUUCCCAAUCUCAUUUUUAACUUUAUUUUUCCGUAUAGUAUUAUGUUUCUAUAUUUUUAUAUACUGUAAAAAU